AGGCCGGCACUUAGACGUGAUCCAAUAAGAAACCAGUUUUCAUUUAGUCUUUAGCGUCUCUUUCGGAGAGUUGUUUGAAAAAUCAAAGAGAGUGAAAAGAAGAAAGGACAAUGCCGCGUCGGUCAACACGUUCCAGGUCAAGGGGAAGAGCAGAGCCUGUAGCCUCCCCCAAGACACCAAAGACACCUAAAUCUACCAAAAAGGCAGUCCCUGCUAAGCCAGAGAUGCAGUUCAAGGAUGGAGACGAAGUAAUGGCAAGAUGGCCGGGCUCAUCUCUUUUCUUUAAAGCAAAGAUCAGCUUUGUUAGAGAAGAUGAUGAUGAGUAUGAUGUUGAAUAUGAAAACGGAACUGUUUAUACUAUCAAGGCUAAGGAUGUGUACAAGCAGCAGAGUGUUAUCCUGAAGAAAGCAUCCCGUGGUAGAUCUAAAUCUCGAGGCAGAUCUCCUGCUAGGGUUAAAGUAACCAAGAAGGUUGCAUCUCCAGACCAAACAGAUUCGGCUCAACCAGAGGAGAAGGAGGAGAAGGAGGAGAAGGAGCAGGCUAAGGUGGAGAAGGUGGAGAAAUCUAAGGUUGAGCGUGGACUGAAGGCGGAGACACCUACACGUGCAUCUGCCAGGAUUGCCGCCAAGGCGAUCAGUGAAGGAUUCAGCGAUGAUGAGACUGAGAAGAUAAAGCUGGCUCCUAACCCUGAGCUACCUGAUGCCCGAGGUAAGAAGAAGGGCUGGAGCUUUGAAUGGGUUUGGGCUCUUCUCUUUAUGCUGAUGGGACCUGCCAUACUCGUCUCCCUUCAUACACUCUGCCAGUCAGGAUGUAAGAUUGGUGUGCCUGCCCUCUCUACUGAUUAUAAAACCUACCUGGAUCGAGAUUCCUUUAUUCUUCUCUUCAGCUUCAACCUUCUCCUAGACGUUCUCAGCUUCGUUCCCAUUGGAGCAAUUGUUAACGGCAGAAGGAUGAACGGUUUCCUAACCUUGAUGUCUCUCCUAGCCGUGGUUCCUGUCCUAGUACACUACAAGGUUCCCCUGGGUAUCGUGAAGAAGAAGUACUUCACCCUGAUGACCAGCAGUAUUAUCCUGUCCACCCUCUCCUCCAUCGUUGCCUACAUCAUGUCCAGAUGGUCUGCUAAGAGUAACCUGAACCCCAAGGGGAAUACUGGGAACCCUCUGGUGGAUCUGUUUAACGGUAGAGAAAUGAACCCCAGGUUCUUCGGUCUAGAUCUCAAGCUUCAGACACUCAGGUUCUCAAUGAUUGCUUUAGCUGUCCUGAAUGUUGUUCUCGUAACUGAUAAUAUUGUCAGUUCUGGAUUCAAGGUUUCUCCAACCCUAAUCCUCGCAGCUUCAUUUCAGAUUAUGUACGCCCUGGACGCCAUGUUCUUCGAGGAAUAUUUCUUCCAGUCUCACGAUGCAAUGAACUCUGGUCUAGGCUUAAGCUUGAUCUCUUCCUACUCCUUCUUCCCUUUCCUCCCAACCCUGACCACCACCUACCUGGUGAACAACGUUGUAGUCCUACCCUGGUACUACCUGGUUGCUAUAGGACUCAUGAACGCUCUAGGAUAUGUUAUCUUCAGAUCUAGUGAGACCCAAAGAUGUGAGUUUGCCAAGAACCCUAAUAAUCCUAAGCUGGCGCACCUGGAGACCCUGACUACUGCUGGGAACAAGAAGCUUGUCGUAUCAGGCUGGUGGGGUCUAGUCAGGCAUCCUAAUUAUCUUGGAGAGAUUCUUAUAUCCUGGUCCUGGGUUCUACCAGCAGUUGGUUCCCUAGGAUUGAAUGCUCUGGUUCCCUAUUAUCUACCGGUGAUGACAACCCUAAUGCUAGUUGUUAGAACUCAUCAGAUCAAUCAGAGGAAUAAAAGGAAGUAUGGAGCUGCCUGGAACUCCUAUUCUGAGAAGGUUAAAUCCAACAUUAUCCCCCUGGUUUACUAAACUCCUCUCCUCAUCACAUCAACCUGGAUAUUAUUUAUCAACAUCUGUGGAUAACAAGAUGAUAACAACUGUACCUGUUCUCAGACGAAUUGUAAAACUGCCUCUAUUCAUCUCUUUUUAUUUAAAGGAACAUCUUCCAUAUUUUCACAUAUUUCAUGUUUAGCACCUGUGCAAUCUUUCCCUCAUACACUUAAUUGCUCAUAUGUCAAUAGUGCGUUUAUUCCAUAUUUUUCAUAUUUAAUUUUACCCUACUUAUUGUGGAGCGGAAAAAUGAAUUGUUUCUCAAGAAAGAUCACCUUCAGGCAGGAUACAACCAAGUAUAUAUUGUGACGCUUCUUUUUAUUGGAGAGAUAAGAAACAUUUUAAGAUAAAUUAUUAUCUGACAUUAUUAUUGUUUUGUUAAAAUUAGUUUAAGUGCAUCAUUGUCUCCAAUAUUGUGUACAUAUGUACAGACUUGUUUAGUGUUCAGUUUUAUGCUGUACGCUAGAUAUACAAUAUACAUGUAGUAGAAGUGUGUAGAUAUUUCUCAAGUACAAAACAGCUGAACUACUCUUCUUACUCUUAGUCGUGUAUUUUAGGUUUAAAUAUUGAUUCAUGAAAACUGUAAAUAAAUAUCUUCUUUUCAA